AUGGAGACAGUUUGGCACCGUACAAGCACAACCACGGAAACAGAUGGUUUUCAGGUCAAGACCAGCAGCGAGAACGUCAAAUGCACGCUGUUGCUUCUGCUGGACCAUCAGCCACCCCAGUACAAGCUGGACCCCCGCCUGGCACGCCUACUGGGUGUCCACACCCAGACACGCCCAGUUAUCAUCAACGCCCUGUGGCAGUACAUCAAGACCCACUCCCUGCAGGACUCCCACGAGAGAGAGUACAUCAACAACGACAAGUACUUCAAUCAGAUCUUUGACUGUGGGCGGAUGAAGUUUUCGGAGAUACCCCAGCGAUUGCACCAAUUGCUUCACGCCCCAGACCCCAUUGUCAUCCAACACACCAUCAAUGUGGACACGGCCGAGCAGAAGAAGACGGCCUGCUACGACAUCGAUGUGGAAGUCGACGAUACCCUCAAGGAACAGAUGAAGUCUUUCCUGUUGUCAACGGCCAGCCAGCAGGAGAUCGCCACCCUAGAUAACAAGAUUCAUGAGACCGUCGAGACCAUAAACCAGCUCAAGGUCCAGCGCGAGUUCAUGCUGGGCUUUGCCAGGGAUCCGCAGAACUUCAUCAGCGAGUGGCUGGUGUCACAGAGCAUGGAUCUGAAGACCAUGACGGACGUAGUGGGAAACCCCGAAGAAGAACGUCGCAGCGACUUCUACUUCAAGCCUUGGGCCCAGGAAGCUGUCCGCCGCUACUUCUACAGCAAAGUCCAACAACGCCGGGCCGAGCUGGAACAGGCGCUAGGCAUCCGCAACACAUAGCGCCCCUUCAACUCACCCAGUAGCUCUUCGAAGAUAAGUCUCUCUGUGAAUAUCAGAUAGUCCAAGCUGCACUUUUAUCAACAUCAUCAUCGCAAUGAGAUCAGCAUUAUCGAUAUGACACUGCACAGCACACCAACGCGAAGGUCGACCAACUCUUCAAUCAAGAACAUCGAGGGAACCAUCCAUUUCAAAAACAAAACUCAAUCAUCCGACAAAUUCUAAACGGGAAAAAAAAGAGAACAAGAAAAAAAAAAAAAAAAGAUUAAGGAAGAAACAGACUCGACAUCAUGUAAGCUCCGCCUCUCACUAAAUAAUUCCAGGCAGAGAGGAAAAAUAGAAAGAAAAAAAAAAACGGUUGAAGUAAAAAACCUGGCGUGAAUCAUGUGAAGAUGUGACGAUGAUUAAUGCAAUAUCCUGUCGGCAGCUAUCUCGCAUUGCGUGAUGACCCAAUUUGCUAAUAGACCUAAUCCCUGUCAAUCUGAGUUUGGCGUUUAAUUGGCCGGGGCUGUUGACAGACUCUACCUCGGAUCCAGCGUGGGUCAGUCCGUAGAAUUGAUCGUGAACCUUGUGCAGCACCAUCUGUAUAUCAAGUCUGUUUUGAGUUUGUUUUUUUAUCCCCGUUCGGAAAAAGAAAAAGAUUUGCACAUUCAGGAAAUCCAAGAAGGGCAAAGUACUGAAGUCUGUUUCUCGGUCACACUUACAUGAAUUUCCUGGACUUUUGUUUUUUGUUUUCCCGAUGUUAGCCUACUUUUGAGUUUUGCCCCACAUGGUUGCAUCUUAAUGUGUACAUACUGGUCGGAAAGAACUUGAUGACUUUGGAACUUUUUUUUGUUUAUUAAAAGCCUAACUCCCUAGGGGGUGUGCAAAAUCAUAUUGAAAUUGGAGGAUUCAGGACUGUUAGGGUUAAUCUUUUUUUCUUUUCUUUUUAAUCAUCAGUGAAAUAGCGAUAUAUGUCACCUGUAGAGCAUCAUGUAUUGUAAAGAGCAUCAUCAGUAUUGAGUUGAUAAUGGUUUAGAGUAAUCUUGCAUUCAUUGUUCAUGCCAAAGCAUGACGAAAAGCCAGGUGCAGAGCUGCCAAUAUCUGCAUCUUGCUAUCAGGGAGGUUUUUUGCAACACUAUGGGAGAUAUUUAUAAUAAGAUUCAACAUAAUAAGGAAAAACGGUUUUCAUAAUCAGGGAGAUUUUCAAAUUUGUUAAUCAGAACAUGGAAAGAUUGGUGUUUUUUUUUCAGGGAACUUUCUGCAGAAUCAGGGAGAGUUGGCAGCUCUGCAGGGGCCAAUUUCACGGCGCUGCAAAGCACAAAAAUUUGCUUAGCACAAAACAAGUCUGGCUUAUAAAAGCAGGUUAUCAGCCAAAACUCCACGUGAUGCAUAUUGCUCGUGAUAAGUAUUCAGUUGUUGUUUGCUUAGCAUGAAAAUCACAUUGAGUUUUGGCUGAUAACCUGCUUUUAUAACCCAGACUUCUUUUGUGCUAAGCAAAUUUUUUGUGCUUAGCAGCGCCGUGAAAUUGGGCCUGGUGUUCAGUUGGAGCCCAAUGUUCAGAUGAAUUCUCCAUCAACAGUAGAGGGCGCUUUUGUAAACUAACAGUAACAAUUUUUGAAAGUUUUGCUGUCAACGGAGACUGCAUUAUAAUAAGCACAAUAAGUAGUAGUCAUUAGUUGGCAUUUUGUAUUUAUUUAAGCUUCUUCUUUUACAUUGCACUUGUAGAUGUUAGUAAUUCAGUGAUUACAGAUUCAUCAUUUUCCUUUGAUAUUAAAGCUGGACUAUUCCAUUUCAUUUGACAAUGGAAAUGACAAGAUGGAAUAGUCCACAUUGCUUACUUAACAUCCACGUUAGAAUUUAAAUCAGUGUUUAGAGAAAAAUUCUAGUCAAUUUUUUAAUAGCGAUGUAGUAGUUUUUUUUUCAUGCUGUAGUCAUUUUGAAGAAUAAACAGUGAAAUGUGCCUGCCAUGAUUGCAA